GAGAAGCAAGGAAAGGCAAGCUCUGGAACAUGAGAGAAAAAGGAUGUUGCUCCACUGACGGACUGAUGCAGUGAUCCACCCUGCAUUAUUUCUCCCGUCUGGCCCGUCUCCCCUCGCCAAACCUGCAACCACCGCAACCUUGGCAUCGCGAUGAGCCAUUCCGAUCGCCCGACUCCGUCGUGUUCCUCUCGAGCUCUCGUCACCGACCUGUUAUCGCCUGCCGUCCGAUGAUCCUUUCUCUCCUGUAGUCACGUCUUCGACCCCUCGCCGUGCUCUCGGGAUUGCAGAAUCCUUGCUUGCCACCGACGCAAAGCGUACGCCGCGGCGUACGGGGAGCACGCGCGAGCCCGGAGAAGCUUCCGAUUCCCCCCGCCGUGGAGUCAGAAUUUCUCAGCGCCGGUGCUCGAUCCGAGGCUCCGCAGACCGCUAGUGUCGCAGCGAGCCGGUGUAAUUCGUUUUCGUUUUGUUUUAAUUUUAUAAUUUUCCACGAGUUAAUUGAGGGGUGAUUAUAAAUUCGGAUGGACAUGGACGCGGUGACGUUCGGCGUGGUGGUGGGCAUAGUCGCGCUCCUCUUCGUGCUCGUCCUCGUCGUCACCAUCGAGGGCGUCUGCAAGCGCCCCUCCGCCUCUUGAUUCGCCCGCUCCCCCACCCAAAACCCCCCGCGCGCGGGCCCCCACAAUGCGCCGCCGCAGCCUCGCCGCCCUCCUCCUGCUCCUGGCGGCCGCCGCGGCCGUGCCCGCCCCCGCCGCCGGCCACUCGGACGACUCCUCCUGCCCCUUCCACGACCACGCCGGCCACGGCCACGGCGAGCCUCCGCACGACCACGGGCACGGGCACGGGCACGGGCACAGCUGCGGCGGCGGCGCGGACCACGAGCACCACCACGGCCGCGACGAGAUCCAGCGGCGGCUGCUCCCGGAGGAGAUUGCCGAGGAGGCGGAUCUCGAGCUCGAGUCCUUCGGUUACGACGAGCACGACCACGGCCACCACCAUCACCACCACGGCCACGGCCACGGCGGCACGGAGGCGUCGCCAAUGGGUGUGUGGCUGAGCGCGAUGGGGUGCUCGCUGCUGGUCAGCAUGGCGUCGCUCGUCUGCCUCAUCCUCCUCCCGGUCAUAUUCUUUCAGGGGAAACCAUCAAAGGCCAUGGUGGAUGCACUUGCAGUGUUUGGGGCAGGAGCAAUGCUUGGAGAUUCAUUUCUUCAUCAACUGCCGCAUGCUUUUGGUGGAGGGCAUUCUCACUCGCAUGAUCAUGAGGGUCACGACCAUGCUCAUGAGCAUGCACACGCACACUCACUGGAAGAUCUUUCUGUGGGGUUGUCUAUACUAUUUGGCAUUGUACUCUUUUUUAUUGUUGAGAAGAUUGUGAGGUAUGUUGAAGACAAUUCUCAAAAAGGGGCACAUAGCAUGGGUCAUGGACACCAUCAUUACCAUCAUAAACGGCAUGAUUCUAGUGAUAAGACCAAAUUGAAUCAUCAGAAGAAUGAUGAUGAUGGUAAAGAGACCAAUCAAACUGAUGAGGAACCUUUGGUUGAUGGCACGACUGCAAAAGUAACUACUAUACGCAAGAGAAGCUCUUCUGCUAGUUCCAAAGCCACUGAUGGAGAGCACGCAAAUUCUGAAAACGAACCUGCCCCUGACAAAGCAUUAACAAGUGAUGGUUCAUCCAUUUCAAACUCUAAUUUGGUGUUUGGCUACCUCAACCUUUUCUCAGAUGGUGUUCAUAACUUCACUGAUGGGAUGGCUCUUGGGAGUGCCUUUUUGCUACAUGGUUCCGUUGGUGGCUGGUCCAGGACUUUAUUUCUGCUUGCACAUGAACUUCCCCAAGAGGUUGGAGAUUUUGGAAUCCUUGUGCGAUCAGGAUUCACGGUGUCUAAGGCCUUAUUUUUCAAUUUUCUCUCUGCAUUGGUUGCUCUUGCUGGAACGGCACUAGCAUUGUCUUUGGGUAAAGAUCCAGGGCAUUCUUCCCUGAUUGAGGGAUUCACCGCCGGUGGUUUCAUUUACAUCGCUGUCGCGGGAGUCCUUCCGCAGAUGAACGACCAGAAAACGACCCUCCAAAGCUCAAUAGUUCAGUUGAUUUCCCUGGCGAUGGGGAUGCUGGUCGCUCUAGGCAUUUCUCUGGUAGAAUGAUCUGAACCUCCAGUUCACCAGUGCAGCUUUAGAUCGCACAGCAGUUACUCCAAUCCGGUAUAAUUCUUGAACAGCUCCAGCCUGGAAGAUGGGGGCUCUAAGUCUGAACACUUCAUAGAAAUUUUGACAUCUGAUUAUAGAUUCACCUGCAUGGUUGGCCGUUUUCUUUAGGAGAAACACAAGAGCCACAAUAAAUCACACAGCAGGGUAACAAGCCGACCACCCCUGAAGACAGUUCGGAGUGCAGUUUGGCCGAGCAGUUAAAAGGCACCCCCGUUUGUACCAACUAAACUCUUCACCUUCCUUUGGUGCCGACUCGUGACAGGAAUCAUUAACAGGCGCACAGUGGAA